AUGGCUGACGAGGAACAGCCACGCAAGUCCCGCUUCAAGCGGGUCAAGACGACCGACGACCGCGUCUCUUCGACCGACGACCGCGCCAAUCCAUAUCUCGCACACAACUAUCCCGCCGCCGACGAGUACAGCAAUGGCCAGGGCAAUGGUGGAUCCGGGGCUGGUCUCGGUGGCCUGCAGCGCCAUCGCACGACCGCAAAGCAGGCCGAGACGGCGGAGGAUGGCCCUUUGAAUGCUUUCACAGGCCAACCGCUGUCUUCUCGCUACUUCAGCAUCCUCAAGACUCGCCGCGGACUGCCCGUGCAUGCGCAACGCCAGGAAUUCCUCGAGCUAUACCAGCAGAGCCAGAUUUUGGUGUUCGUCGGAGAGACGGGUUCGGGAAAGACGACACAAAUCCCGCAAUAUGUGCUCUUCGACGAUCUGCCCCAGGCCAGUGGCAAGAUGGUCGCAUGUACUCAACCCCGUCGUGUCGCCGCCAUGUCCGUCGCACAGCGUGUUGCGCAGGAAUUGGAUGUCAAGCUGGGGGAGGAGGUUGGAUACAGCAUUCGAUUCGAGGACAUGACAAGUCAGAGCACCAUCCUCAAGUACAUGACGGAUGGUAUGCUUCUCCGUGAGGCCAUGAACGAUCACGACCUGAACCGCUACAGCACCAUCAUUCUGGACGAAGCCCACGAGAGGACUCUCGCCACGGAUAUCUUGAUGGGUCUGCUCAAGCGUGUUGUUGAGAGGAGGCCCGACUUGAAGAUCAUCAUCAUGUCUGCCACCCUCGAUGCGCAAAAGUUUCAGAAGUACUUUAUGGAAGCACCAUUGUUGGCGGUCCCAGGUCGCACACAUCCCGUCGAGAUCUUCUAUACCCCAGAGCCGGAACGCGACUACGUGGAAGCUGCACUGCGAACCGUCCUUCAGAUUCACGCCACGGAGCCAGAUGGUGACAUCCUCCUGUUCCUGACUGGUGAGGAGGAGAUUGAAGACGCUUGCCGGAAGAUCACCAUGGAGGCGGAUGAGAUGAUUCGCGAAGCCGAUGCCGGCCCUCUGAAGGUCUACCCACUCUACGGUUCUCUUCCACCCGCACAACAAUCCAAGAUCUUCGACCCAGCACCUCCUCCUCAACGCGCUGGAGGUCGGCCAGGUCGGAAGUGCAUUGUUUCUACCAACAUCGCCGAAACAUCCCUCACAAUCGACGGAAUCGUCUAUGUGGUUGAUCCAGGCUUCAGCAAGCAGAAAGUGUACAAUCCACGCAUCCGUGUUGRGUCACUUCUGGUGUCGCCAAUAUCCAAAGCUUCGGCACAGCAGAGAGCCGGUCGUGCAGGUCGUACACGACCGGGCAAGUGCUUCCGCCUUUACACUGAGGGGGCGUUCAAGAAGGAGUUGAUCGAUCAAUCUUAUCCUGAGAUUCUGCGUUCCAAUCUUUCAUCUACGGUACUUGAGCUGAAAAAGCUCGGAAUCGAUGACUUGGUGCACUUCGAUUUGAUGGACCCGCCUGCCCCUGAGACCCUCAUGAGAGCGUUGGAAGAGCUCAACUUCCUCGCGUGUCUUGACGAUGAAGGAGAACUCACGCAUCUCGGCCAGAUGGCCUCGGAAUUUCCGCUCGAUCCCGCGCUCGCUGUAAUGCUCAUCUCAUCACCUGAGUUUUACUGCAGCAAUGRGAUCCUAUCCCUUGUGGCACUCCUUUCUGUGCCAAACCUCUUCGUUCGGCCCGCAUCUUCUCGCAACCGUGCCGACGAGAUGAAGCGGCUCUUCGCCCACGAAGACGGCGAUCACCUCACCAUGCUGAACGUGUAUCAUGCUUUCAAGGGACCAGACGCGCAAGCAAACCCGAAGCAGUGGACUCACGACCACUUCCUCUCAUAUCGUGCGCUGCAACAAGCAGACAAUGUUCGGAUGCAGCUCAAGCGAAUCAUGGAGAAGCACGAGGUCGAAUUUUGCUCCACGCCCUUCUCCGACAAGAACUACUACAGCAACAUUCGGCGUGCAUUGGUGGCCGGUUUCUUCAUGCAGGUUGCCAAGAAGGACACCGGCAAGAACUCGUACAUUACCGUCAAGGACAAUCAGAACGUUCUACUCCAUCCAAGCACAGUGAUGGGUGUGGAUGCCGAGUGGGUCUUGUACAACGAGUUCGUGCUCACCUCAAAGAACUACAUCCGCACUCUGACUGCUGUCAAGCCAGAGUGGCUGUUGGACAUCAGCCCCAACUACUACAACCUGGACGGUUUCAAGGAUGGAGAGACCAAGAGGGCGUUGGCACGCGUCAUGCAGAAGGGACGUAGGAAGGCGCAGCAGUAA